CCUGCGCCGAUUUUGGUGUCGGCCAGCUGGUGCGCUCUUCCAGGGCGCGCCAGGCGUGCUCCGACGCGGAGCCCCUCCGUGGUGCCUUCGCCCUGCCCCCUCCCGAGCAGGAGCCGCGCGGCAGGUUCGCUCCGCCGCGGGCACGCGCGCCGCGCCAAGGCGCGGGCGCUCCAGGCCGACCACCCCUCUGGAGGCCCCGCUGCCACCCCUCGGGGUCCGCUGAGGACGGCUCCACGGCACGAGGUCCAUGCGGAGGGUGGGGCCGUCAGGGCUCCCUGGGGGCCUCCGAGAGGGGAGGCCGGUCAGGGUUGGAGCGGUUCGCGUGGGGUCAGGGGCUGCCGUGAGCGGAUGUCUGCGCAGGCACUGCUGGUCGGCCCAUCGUCGUUUCCAGUUCUGCGUGGACGCUGCGAGUGGCACGUCCGUCUGGGGGGUUGUUACGGCGCUGCGCGCUAACAACACAGGGUCGUACAGGGUUGUCCACGGUUUUAUCGAUUCGACGAGGCGUGCCGACGUUUGCGUGUGGCACUGACCGAUUCCAUUACGCACCUCCACGGGCGAUUCCCCUCCCCUACGGAUGUGGUUCGAGGAAGAGCUGCCGGCGCUGCUCCGCUACAAGGGCAGAACGAUCACGGGCCGCCUGCUGCACUUCGCCAUCGCCAAGUCCCACCACGACGAGGAGCCCGAUGCCAGCACUGUGCUGAGUGUCCUGAAAGCAAGAGCCGACGUCCACGGGACAGCCAGCUACAUAAGGCAUUCGAACGGGACGACCCAGAGGAACGACCUUCAGGGCAUCCACAUCGCUGCUGGCUUGGGGUAUGUCCCGGCUAUGCAGGUGCUGGUGCAGAGGAGUGUCGAGCUUGGGGAAGACCCGCUAGAGCUGGUCAACGCGAAUUGUUUGCUGGCAGGCAGGCCGUUCUACAAGCCUAUACACGACGCCGCCUUCGCUGGCUCCAGGGAGGCUAUCUGCUGGCUCCUGGAAAACAGCGCAGAUCCCACAGCAACAAAUGCGGACGGAACCACCGCGCUGCACUUCUACGCCAAGAAGUGCCCCGACAGAGAGAGUGACGUUGACAUGGCAGUCCGGUCCCUGCUGCACCACAAGGCUCAGCUAGGGACUCGCGACAAGAAGGAAGAGAAGACUCCGCUCGAGCUGGCAGCCACCGACGACAGCCAGUUCCCGAGGCGUCUGCUCCACCUGCUGGCGCCGUCGUUCCAGAGCAGCAGCUUCGCCGACGACGGCGCGGGCGGCGAGGGCGACAGCAAGACGUCCCAGGGCGGGCACCGGGCCUCGUUCCUCAAGGACCUGUGCGUGCUCUCGGGGCUCAACACCACAUCGGCGAACCAGCUAGCGCGGCACAUCUCGGACGACGCGGGGUCCCACAAGCGCGUGCGGUCGGACGCGCAGGAGCACAACGCCGUCGACCUCCUGGCCAGCCUGAUUCACAUGGCGCCCGAGGCGGCUGCCGACAUGCUGCAGCUGCUGGCCGUGAAGCCGCGGGUGAAAGACCCAGGCCGACACCCGAUCCGCACGCGGGCGAGCAUGUGGGGCUUCCCCUACUGGAAGCGCCUGCGCUGCGCCUACCAGGCGGACUGUGAGAGAGACGAGGGAGAGGUCUUCUCCUGGCCCGUCUGGAAGUUCGACUCCACCAAGCAGGACGACAGGGACCUCCAGAACCAGCCCGAGCUGAGGUGGCACCUCGACCUGGUCCAGAGGCCCGAGGACGAUGCGGACAAGCGGGAGUACGUGGUCGACGUCGACACCACGGUCCUCCUCGUCCCGAACAUCCUGGACAUCGACAUCUUCAUGGCGCUCGCCCAGACCAGGCACGGCCGCAUCUUCGCGAGGCUUCCCGUGCAGGGGAUUGUCGGCUGCCUGUGGGAGGGGCUGGUCGUGCGGGCCUUCGCCCUGCUGCUGCUCCUCAACGUGUUGGACGCGGUGGUCAUGGUCUGCUGGGGCCUGGGCGACCAGCAGGAGGUCUCCCGGAGCCUCUGGUCGCUGAGGUGGUCCAUUCUGGCCAGCGGGAUGGUGCGGGACGUGGUGAACAUGGCCUGGUGCUUCUCGGCGUACUGCGCCAAGCAGCGAGACCACUACAGGGCGUUCUCUGGCUGGAGCAGCGACUCGUGCGGCCUGCAGCGCCCCCCGGGGCUGCACGUGCUCUGGCGACCCCAGAACUUCUUCACGAACACUGUGCUCUUUGACAUGUCUCUCCAGGUCUCAAAGGGGCUGUUCCUCUGGCAGGCGCGACUAGCUGGCGCCGUCGCGCUCGACAUGUAUCAGCAGUCGCUGCUGACUACCACCACAAUCAUGGAGCUCUUUAGAAUAUUUUACUCUCUCCGCCUCACCAGCGCCGGCAGAAAGAUCAACACGAUAUUUGCCGCCUGCCUCAGUGGCGCGAUCUUUGAGAUGCUGCUCGUCACCUUCCUCUUCUUCUUUUCUGUCUGUCUGGCGUUCUCGAUGCUCACCGGCGUAUCGGGCACAUCAGUCAUAGGGCUUUUCAUGUACCGCGGGCUGCUGUUCGGCGACGGAUCCGCGCUGGAUGAGAUGGGUCUUGAGAUGAAUCACAAGGACAACGAUCAGCACACGGUUCGAACUUUCGUUAUGGUCUUGGCAACGCUGCUCUUCAAUGUUGUGCUCAUGAACCUCACCACCGCCAUCUACAGCGCAGAGUACGACAGGCUCGAGAAAGAGGCCGAGCUGAUAUUUCUGCAGGAGCGCGCGAAGUGCUGUUGCGAGCUGCUGCUGGGGGUGCAGAAGUUCAGGUUCGCCUGCGAGGACGACGCAGGCCUCUGGCUGAGAGUCCGGCGGCUGUGGGCCGUGGCCUGCGCGUGUGUCGCUGCCGGCGGCCUUCAGCACCUCCUGCCCGGGGCCGGCGGCGGCAGCUGCCUGGCCGGGGCGGGCCUGCUGGCGCUCGCCCAGAUCCUCGCCCUCGCGCUGCGGCUCCAGAGCCACUGGUUCGCGUGGCACGAGAGCGAGGAGGAGGGACCCAUCCAGCCCCACUUCCUGUGGAUCUGCGCGAGAGGCGACUACAACGAGGAGCAGUUCAGUGCCGAGCUUGACAAGAGCGCGGUGGAACAGCUUGUGGACGAGAGGACGCAGCAGCUGACCGAGAAUGUCAAUGCGCAGAUCAAGCGCAUGGACGCCAAGGUCGGGAAAUUGACGAGAGCGAUGGACGACAGGUUUCAUCGCAUCGACGCAGCGGUCGGCAAGGUGCUGAGGGCCCAGCAGAAUCUCGCGAGGGCGCUGAACGAGGAGCCGCCGACGUCUACCCCUGAAGCGCCGACGUCGAACCCCCGAUCUCUUCCCCGGUCUUUCACGUCCUAGCAAGGGUAGCGCCUCUUUGUAGACAGCUGCGCUGCCGUGAGCGCGGCGAUCGUUCGACCUCUUGGAAGUGGGAGUGGGCGAGCAACA